CUCGAGGCCUGCUGCUAACAUGCUCCACUGUGACACUCCAGCAUUACACUCAACCAAUAUAAACGGCGUCAUUUUACACUUUAGUCUAUUUUACGAGUGUGGACUACCGAAUGUGAAUUUAAUGACGACACCGAGGAGGCACGAGUGUCUUUGCGGUUGAGUGCCGCAUUGGAAGCUUUGGGCUUGUUUCAUAAAAGCCCAAGACGACAAACAUGGCUGCUGUGUGAGAUACGAGGAACAAAAUGGCAGACGUAGUGAAUAAGCUCGCAUAUUCGUUACGUUUAUAUGCGUUCAGUAUUCAGGUUUAAGGUCUCUCUACCACUGGCGUUGAGCGCCUGCUUGCUGCCGUCUCUUUUCGCCUCCCCGCCGUCCUCAGUGAACGGCGAACUCCUCUGUAGUAGCCCGCUGCGGCGACACGCUAACUUGGCUUUUAUUAUUAUUUUUUUCUCCCUCCCCCUCCCCCACCAGGAGCACCGGGGACGUAGCCGAUUUGACCCCCCCACCCCGCCCCGCAAAAAAAAAGACACCGGCGGUCGGAAUUUGAAAUAUGACGCUGAGUAAAAUGGGAGGAAAGUCGUCGCUAGCUUGAAGUUGGAGAAUCUCCUUGUGGAAGAGGCGGCGGCGGUGGACACCACGAGUUCACUCUGUUAAUUUCGAAAGGAGUGAGCCGAGCCUUCCAACAGACCUCCGCUGUUUCUCUGGGCUAAAAUGAGUAUUACCAGUGACGAGGUGAACUUCUUGGUCUACAGAUACCUCCAAGAAUCAGGUUUCUCCCACUCAGCGUUCACCUUUGGCAUUGAAAGCCACAUUAGCCAGUCUAACAUCAAUGGAACACUAGUGCCCCCUGCAGCCCUCAUUUCCAUCCUGCAGAAAGGGCUCCAAUAUGUAGAGGCAGAGAUAAGCAUCAAUGAGGACGGAACGGUGUUCGACGGGCGGCCGAUCGAGUCGCUUUCGCUCAUCGACGCCGUGAUGCCCGACGUGGUGCAGACGCGGCAGCAGGCCUUCCGUGACAAACUGGCUCAGCAGCAGGCCGCCUGCACCAUGGCGGCCUCCACCUCCGGCAACCAAUCCAACGCGCCAAAGAACGGGGACGCCACUGUCAAUGGGGAGGAGAACGGCACCCACAAUAUGAAUAACCAUUGUGAGUCGAUGGACAUGGAUGUGGACGUGGAGAUCCCCGCCAGCAAAGCCACAGUGCUGCGAGGUCACGAGUCAGAAGUCUUCAUCUGUGCCUGGAACCCUGUCAGUGAUCUGCUGGCCUCAGGUUCGGGGGACUCCACAGCCAGAAUCUGGAACCUCAACGAGAACAAUAACUCAAACUCCACCCAGCUGGUGCUGCGCCACUGUAUCCGAGAAGGUGGGCAGGACGUCCCCAGCAACAAAGAUGUCACGUCACUAGACUGGAAUAGUGAUGGGACGCUCCUGGCGACGGGCUCAUACGACGGCUUCGCCAGAAUAUGGACAAAGGACGGAAAUCUGGCGAGCACCUUGGGACAGCACAAGGGGCCAAUAUUUGCACUCAAGUGGAACAAGAAGGGGAACUCCAUUCUCAGUGCCGGUGUAGAUAAGACGACAAUCAUUUGGGACGCGCACACAGGAGAAGCCAAACAGCAGUUCCCCUUCCACUCAGCUCCGGCUCUGGAUGUGGACUGGCAGAAUAACACCACCUUUGCCUCGUGCAGCACCGACAUGUGCAUCCACGUGUGUCGCCUCGGCAGCGACCGGCCACUUAAGACGUUCCAGGGUCACACGAACGAAGUUAAUGCCAUUAAGUGGGAUCCUUCGGGAAUGCUGCUCGCCUCAUGCUCGGAUGACAUGACUUUAAAGAUCUGGAGUAUGAAACAAGAAUCAUGCGUCCAUGACCUCCAGGCUCAUAGUAAAGAAAUCUACACCAUUAAAUGGAGUCCGACUGGGCCGGGCACCAGCAACCCUAACUCCAACAUCAUGCUUGCGAGUGCGUCAUUUGACUCGACGGUGCGACUGUGGGACGUCGAACGAGGGGUCUGCAUCCACACGUUGACCAAGCACCAGGAACCCGUCUACAGCGUUGCCUUCAGCCCGGAUGGCAAGCAUCUCGCUAGCGGCUCCUUUGACAAGUGUGUGCAUAUUUGGAACACGACGAGUGGGGCCUUGGUGCACAGCUACAGAGGUACCGGUGGGAUCUUUGAAGUGUGUUGGAAUAGCACCGGUGACAAAGUUGGUGCCAGCGCGUCAGAUGGUUCAGUAUGCGUUCUGGACCUCCGGAAAUAGCAGCGUUGGAUGGCCAAUCGUCGGAAUGUGCAGCAGACUGCCUUCUUAAGACAUCAGCAAACGUUCUCGUUGCCCCUCUGUGGGGGUGGGGGGGGCAUGGCAGUCCACCGAGUUAAAUUCAAGAAAAAAAGAACUCACGGGAGCAACAACAGAAAAUGAAGGAGCGGCCAUUCACGCUGUCGGACGUGCUUCGACAACACCGGAGGUACUUCCAACUCCCGUUUUAUGUCGAGGUAUCUCAUAAGGAUGCACUGCCACUGGCCCCCUCCCGCCACGGUUCGGCCGCUCGACAGGAAAGACGACCUAACCGAGAGGCGGCCGCUGACGGAAGGAAGACUCGUAGAAUUCGCGGCGGGGGCGAGCGACGCUAGCAAAACCUCGACCACCCUCGCAGACGGACUUAUUGAAAGUGCAAAAAGGUGGAGCGUUGCCGUUCCCAAACCUCCUGAACCGGCCCGACAAUUGGAAACAACACGGACAAAAAAAAUGUGUGGAAAAGUGUGGUUUACGAAGAGAAUUUUGCCCUUUUUUGGAUGUACAUGUAAAGAAUGUAAAGAUAUGUAAAUUAGAUUAAUACACAGACUUAUAUACUGUGUAUAUAUGUUUAUAUACAGUACACCUUAUUGACGUCACGUUAGGGGCUCGCUUAUGGCCGCUUUUUAAUUCCAAACUCCUUUUUUCCCAGUCGAGGCACAAACUGCCAAAUUUAUGGAAUCAUCACGUGUCGCUCGGUUGCGUCUUCACAUCGUGUGUUGAAUGGGCUAAACAAAGCCACACCCACCAAAUUCCAACGCACAGUUUUCCACAUUUUUGCGUUUUGAGCACUUUUUCCCUGCGCUGAUUCUACUGAAGCGUCCAAUCUGAACCCCCCAAAAUUUUUUGCUUCCAUUUCGUUUGUCAACUUGCGCUCAAACAACAUGAAGUGCACUUUUUGAAAAACAAAAAUUCCUCAAGGUGGGUUUGAUUUUUUUUGUUUUUUUUUUGUUUUUUGCUUUCCUGGAAGUGAAAGGCAGACAUUUUCCCUUAUUUUUUUUCCUCAUCAGGUGUCACAAUAGGAUGUCAAUGGGUUGUCCAUGGUUUUUGGGGACUUUUUCAGAGCCAUUAUUGUCUGUGUCAGACUGAGAAAUUGGGCUGUGGGUUUGCUGGCCAAUGUGGAUGAAACGCUGUGACAGCUACUAUUACUAUGUCUCUAGCGCACCCUGGUCCAGGGUGUGGUCACCUGUUUCAAGACUAAACAUUCAAAGUUGUUCAGUGUCUCAAAUAAAUCACUCUAUUUUGAUAUCAGAACACUUGUGCUUUCAAUGGUGUCAUUUAUUUAAAAAUAAAAGUUAUCUGUUAAAUCAACAUGCACAUCGGGUUGUGAGAAAACUACUGACUAAUGGGGAAAAAAUAUUGAGAGGCAAUCCUUUCUAAUGUUACAAGAUGAUAGGCUGAUAGCCACACUAUUGCAUACUAAAUGUAAACUCAAAUUCAUUGUAAUUUAUUGUUUGAUUUAGCUCCUUUUUUGUUUUUACUGUACAUUAUGGUUUGGUAAAAUAGUUCAAUUUAUUUUCAAAAUACAGUGGUACAUCUACAUACGAAUUUAAUUCGUUCCAGGACCUUGUUUGUAAGUUGAAAUGGUCGUAUGUCGAGCAGGAUAUUCCCAUAAAAAUACAUUAUAAUUCCAUUAAUUCGUUCCACAGCCCCAAAACCUACACCAAAUCCUUGAUAAAUACUGCUGGUACUAUUGCAAAUAGCAAUUACACAGUGCAAAACAAAUGAAUAAUGAAAAAAAA